AUGGAAUUUCAUGGUUUCCCGCGUAUCCAUAGCAUAUUUUAUGCUGUUUUUGAUAUUAUCAAAGGCACCGUUGUAAAACAUCAGGUGCCAGAAGGAAGCAUUACACCUCAAACACAUAAUUCGAGUUGCAUUUCCGAGACAGAUCCACAGCAUGGCAAAACACUGAUCGAUUUCGAAGCAAUAAGCGAGUACAUUAUUCCAAAGAAGCAACUUUACAAGCGUCUAGUGACACUUUGUACCAAUGGCUAUAAAGUAAUGGGAUGUCCGGUUGUACUGAAUGAUCAUGAAAGAUAUAGGCACUUUCGUAACGAGUUUCGGUUUAACCUUUGCUUUGUAUUUGAGCAAGAUGCAGAGACAAGUAGCUAUGAAGCUGUAGUUCGAAAACUAUCACGAGUACUUGAAGGAUUAGAGCUUGAAUGUAAUUUUCUUUCAAAAGAAGUAAGCUCAGAAGCACAAACAAUCCAGAAUGUUAUUGAACAACUCUUUGAAGAUUUGAAUAGUUAUUGUGAAUGUCAAAUCCCUAUCAACACAUUCAACACAAUCAAUUUAAAAUUAUUUCCUACCUAUCCUAACCCACAAACGGUAUAUGACUAUCAUGUACCUGUAUGCACUGUUGAUAUACGAAAAAUGAUGAGUCCUAAUUGGGAUAUCACUGUCCAAAAAGUAGCAAACCAUAUCAAUGGUAUCAACCAUGUCAAGCGUAUAGCUGAAUUAGCAAAUGUUAAGCCUGAAUGGACACGGCAAAGCAUGGAGCAUAUGAUGUACUAUGGCUGUAUUAUCAUGAUUGAUAUUUUUCAGUAUUCUAAUGUAUAUGCUGUGAAGCCUGAAAUCACACGUUUAUUUGAUCCUAAAUAUGGGCUUGCUGAAGAAUGCUUACGGUAUAUUAUGAUACCUAAUGCACCAGAAAUUUCAAUUGAAAGGAUAUAUGCCUUAUAUUGCGGAUUUAAACAUGGUCUGACAGUCAAGGACUGGAUUGAAGAGCAAAAAUUGGCUUUUUUAUGUAUUGACGAAAGACGUGUGGUUUCUUUUGGAGUCAUUAAAGACUUAAUCUAUCGAGUACACAAGUAUCCUAUUCUGACCAGUGACACUGAAAAUGAAGGCACAAAUCAGCUUGAUUUUCCACUACCUAGUCAAUACCAUCAAGUCAUAAACAAGUGUACUGGACAGCCUAUUCAUCCUGAUAUCAUUCCCUUUCUUGAUGGAAAACACCACUACGACGAAAUAUGUACAGAACUAGAAUGCUCUCCACAAGAACUUGAUGAGCAAUUAGGGCAUUUUCAGCAAGAGGAACCAAGUCCUCAAGAAGAACAUCUUAUUGAAACAGUUUACGAAAGUACAACAGCGGAAGAAAAGCAGAGUGAAGAAACUAGACUAACUCAAUGGAGCGUGCAGUUUAUAUUUAGAUGA